AAGAAACAGACCCGGAAGCAAAAUAAGUCAGUCAUGUGAUUAGUGCUCAGUCUGUAGCUGCUGUUCCUGUGCCUGUAAAAGGACUGACUGAAGGUGUUCGAUCCCGGACCAGAGCAGAACCAGCACCAUGGCUGACGAUUUGAAGCGGUACCUGUACAAACAGCUGCAGAGUGUCGAAGGUCUUCACGCCAUUGUAGUGACAGACAGAGACGGAGUCCCAGUCAUUAAAGUUGCCAAUGACAACGCCCCCGUCCACGCCCUCAGACCUGGCUUCCUGUCCACCUUCGCUCUGGCCACAGAUCAGGGCAGUAAACUGGGUCUGUCCAAGAACAAGAGCAUCAUCUGUUACUACAACACCUACCAGAGCUCCUGUCAGUGUCUCUGUGCUCUCUCAGUCCUUCUGUCCGUCCUCUGUCUCAGAUCGUCCAGUUUAAUCGCUUACCUCUGGUCAUCAGCUUCAUCGCCAGCAGCAACGCCAACACAGGUCUGGUCAUGAGUCUGGAGAAGGAGCUGGCUCCACUUAUAGAGGAGCUGAGGCAGGUGGUGGAGGUCACAUAGGACCACUGGACCCCCCUGGACCACCCAAACCCCAGACCCCCGGCUGAGACCCCUCCCACCUCUUCCCCCUCUGUCUGCUGAGGCCCCUCCCCCUGCCCCCCCUCUGUCUGCUGAGGCCCCUCCCCCUGCCCCCCUCUGUCUGCCCAGGCCCCUCCCCCUCUGGGUGUGGCCUAAAUGCUUCUGUGUUCUUGUUUUCGUCCUCAUUGAAUGAGUCUAUAUGUUUUCUUUCUUUCUUUUAUGUUUUUUUUGUCUGGACAUGUUUUCUAACUCAUCAGCCUUUCACAACAAUAUUUUUCAUCUCUAAUCCAAAUUCUGAAUAAACCUUUCAUUUGAAACUCC